AUGGGUGGCUUGAAAAUAUUGUGUUCCUACUUAUUGGUGCAGUUGGUUACGGUUGCUGCCGGUGGAGAUUUCAUUGAAUUGCACCAGUACCACCGCAUGCCAAAGCUUUCCGAGCUGGAUGAUUUCGACCAGUGCAUGCAGGAGGCACCGAUUGGCCGGAUUGCCACUUACUGCCUGGUCCGGGUGGCCAUCAAACCGGACAAUAAGUCCGAUCUCUGGCGUACGAUUGAGGAUUUCUCGAGUGAUCGUAAACGACACUUUGAUCAUCGCCAUUUAACGCGUGGGGUUUGCGUGGAACACUGUAAGCAACUGAUACAAGGACUUUCAAACGACUCCAGGAAAGCGUUGCGAGUGCAGAAAUUCGAUAUUGAUUUUCCAUACAUCUUCGAUGUGACAGUUUUCGAAGAUACCCCAGCCGAUCGGGAAAGGUACGGAGACCUGCUUGAUAUUUGUUUGAAUUACAAACUAAAUCACACGCAUCAACUAAAAGCUUACACUGAAAUUGAAGUUUGUAGUAAAAACAAUGAAGCAAUAGAAAAUGAUUGGCUGGACAUCCUGUUUGUGGUCGUACUGCUGUCUGCUAUCGGAAUUACGAUACUUUCCAGCUGGUACGAUAAGAGCAUCAACAUUAAACGAAAUGACAUCCACUAUAAAAUUAAUCUUGAUUCAAGAAAAAAAAUGGUUUGCGUAUCCUUCUCCAUCCUGCGAAAUUGGUACCGGCUGACAUCCCGCUCACAAGAACCACUAAACAAGCAGCUGCGAUUUUUCCAGGCGAUUCGUUACCUUACCAUGAACUUGGUCAUUAUGGGCCAUGCAGCAUUUCUGUUCACUAUUUUUCCAAGUCAGAAUCCUUCUGCACCUGAGAUGAUGUACCACGACAUUGGCACAAUGCUUUUUACGGGCGGUGUUCAGAUAACGCAAACCUUUUUCGUCAUGAGCGGAUUUUUGCUGGCGGUACAAGUCAUGUCGUAUGCUGAUCAGCGCAAGGAGAAACUGGGUCUACUGUUUUUGUUGAAGGCAAUUUUCUACCGAUACAUAAGGCUGACUCCGGUUUAUGCCUUCAUAAUAUUGCUUCAUUCAACAUGGUUGCACAAACUACAGGAUGGACCUGUUUGGAAGCCCGGAGUGGAAACCGAGCGAGCCUUCUGUCGAAGAAAUUGGUGGACCAAUUUGCUGUAUGUUAACAAUUAUGUUAAUGCCAAUCAACCCUGUGUCCAGCAAGGUUGGUACCUUGGGUGCGAUUAUCAGUUAUUUAUUGGCGGAGUUAUCCUGUUGCUUCUGAUCAACAGAUUUCGUAGAUUCACGACAUUUAUCGUUGGAUCAGCAAUUGUAGCGUCUUAUGUAGUGCCAGCAUUGUUUAUCUACUAUCAGAAAUUAGAUGGGGUUUUCAUAGUAACACUUGAGGCCCAGAGAUUCGUUUUGUGGUUCAAUGAGCUGUACCUGAAGGCAUAUAUUCCAUUUCACGUCAACAUCGGUAACUACUUGGCUGGAAUGGUGGUAGGCCUAAUAGUUUUGUAUUUGCAAAAAAGAAACUUAAACAUCGCCCAAAAGAAGUGGUUCCGCUUUCUGUGGUAUCUGAUUUAUCCGGCAGCCAUCGUGACUCUUCUAAUUCACUAUAUUUUCUAUGUAUACGAUUUCGAAAAACCUUCCAUCUGGAUAGCAAUCUAUUUCCCAGUGAUGAAACAUUCUUGGGGAAUAUUCUGUGGUAUUUUCGUUGUAGGUUUCAUAAAUGGCAUCGCACCUACCAUGAGCCGAAUUUUCGACUACCGGCUGUUCGAGCCGCUGGGACGACUCACGUAUGCGGCCUAUUUGUGUCACGUUUUCGUGAUGAGGCUGAUUUUUCUACCUUUCCGCACACCGUUGCACUACAGUUACUCCGGACUGAUAAUAUAUACUUCUGCUUCGGUUAUGUUGUCAUAUAUGAUGGCAGUAUUUUUGUGUAUGCUUUUCGAACUGCCCGUUUCUGCUCUUCAAAAACAGAUGAUGGGACCAUUACAGAGUAAAACUACCAGAGAAGAUGAAUCAGUCAACACCAUGGCCGGUGUCAAAAUCGAAAGCAAUUUAGCUAACAACAAUCCAAUACCACAGCGUCAUGUCUAA